UUUCGCAAUGUACGGUGGCCGUACAAAGCGUCGUGUACGACGUGGCGCCUGUCCAAAGAUUGCGCCGAUCGAUGCCCGAGUCGCACCGAUCCCUUAUUGAGCACCACGGCAGUGUCAACCAGCGAGCGUUCGAGCCUGUGCUCCCGUCGGCCAACUUUGUUCGUCAACGGUCGUCGAACCCGCGCGCUGACGCGGUGCCCGCCAAGAAACCACCUAAGUCGCCGACACCACAUCACGGAUCCCUUUCCAUCCCGCUGCCUCGAACGCCACGGCCCAAGACCCAGUCGACGACGGCCAUCCCCCUCUUGCACGCUCCUUGGGACGCACCACGAGUGGCCUCCCCCAUUUCCAAGCGCAAGCACCGGCAUGUGGACCGGCGCGUGCACGCCGUCGCAAUUGCGCAGGUCGCGUCCCCCGAGAACAAUCCUUCUUUCGGCCCGUUGGCGCUCGACGAAUGGCUCGCCACGUACGAGUUUGAUGUGCUGCAGUACGACUCGAUCGGUGCCUUUGUCGAGAUCAAGCUCAAGGAGGCGCUCGUGCUCUCGAGCAAGUUUGCGACACCCAUGAACCGAUUCCGGGCCGCGGUGGUGUGUAGCCUCGUCGAGCGGGUUGCUUUGGCGCUCGCGAAUGCCGAGAGCUGCCGACGCUAUGCACCCACGAUCUUGCGUCUCGUCGACGAGCUCCGGAGCCUUAUUUUCAUCAACGACGACGACGAAUGCGAGACCCGUGUGAGCCACAGCGGACACCUGCCGCACCCGCGCACGCUGAGCUUCUUUCUCGCCAAGGCCCCGUACUUUACGCAGCUGCGCCUUGAAGUCACCAAGAAAGACGCCGAGUUUCGGAAACACCAAGCCGUCUUGCGCAAGCUCAUCCAGUCGACGUUCCAAAACGUCGGGUCCGUCUUCCAAGCGUGGAAGAUGCACACGCGCACCAAGAAGGAAGAUCGGCUGGCGAAAAAAGCAACCGAAAUCACAGGCCGAGUGCUUGCGAAGCGCGGGCAGGCGCGGAUCGCCUUUGUCUCGUGGGCACGCUACGUCAUGGCGGUGCGGUUAGAGAAGAUGCGGCUAAAAGAAGCCCACUUAUUGCGCGAACACUCCCAACUUGUGCUUGAUUUGCGCAAGCAGCUCAGCCACGCCCACGACACCAUCGCCGUCCUUCGCGCAGAGGUGCACGACCUUCAACCAGAGGCGCUCUUGCUCGAGCCAGACGCCACGUUAGACUAAUCACUACAAAUCGAGUUAUGGCGACGACGACUCGGACGGCGCGAGUGGAAGCUCGUCAAAGAAGGCACGCGCAAUCGCUGCUUCUGCGUCGCGCAUCACGGGGCGCAGCGGUGGCAUUGUCCGCUGUAGGACGUUCAGAAACGACGGCACCGGGUGGCGACUGGUCGUCGUCAUCUCGGGAAGCGGAACCGGGCGUCGGCGUGGA